AUGCUCUGCCCUUUAAAAAAAGUACGUUUUUGCUUAAUCAAGUCGAAAUAUUGCCAAAGUUCUUCAUUUUGUUGGUCGGAUGCUUUCUGGUGGCGAAUUUCUUGGUUGAAAGUCCUAAUCAGCAUUAGUGACUUCCUUAUUUUCCAUUCUGGAGUCCAAGUUCGAACAUAUAAUUUAGAUGUGAUCAUUUUAUUUCCAAAUAAGCUUUUGCUCUGUCAAAACUCGAAUAAUCUUCGUUUAGAAAUUAAUAAACGCUUAAUGAUAAGAGGACGGUGUACUGGUCCAAACGAACAAUUAAUACCAGAAAAUACACCUUCCACUUUACUUCUUAGGCAAACCAUUGAACAAUUCGUUCCAAAUAUUUAUCAUAUGAAAUUCAACAAUGAAGACGUUGAAUUUAAUCGUUGCACAUCCCUUCCUCAGCCAUUGAAAUACGUAAAUGUAACUGUACAAGAUAGUGUUUCAGUGAAAUCAUUACCAGCGAAUUUUUGUACCAAACCUGACAUUGCUUCUAAAAGCUCACGCAGAAAGCACUUACAUCCAUGCGUACAAUAUUAUCGCAGAAUCAAGAUGAGGAAUCUACCUUUAUGUCAUCUCGUCAAAUUGGAAGGAAGACGAGAGAGUAUACACACAUCAUUCACAGUAGGUCCUAUACCACCUCGUACCCUUGAAUCAUGUUCAGCAAAACAUGUGUCGUUGCAAAAAAAUGAACAACUUUCCAGACAGCUGACUUCCGUCUAA